CCCGUGGAAUGAUGAAGAUCUGGACCUCUGAACAUGUCUUCAGGUACCCCUGGGAGACAGUGAUCAAGGCUGCCAUGAGGAAGUACCCCAACCCCAUGAACCCCAAUGUGGUGGGUGUAGACGUGCUGGAUCGCAGUCUGGACACAGAGGGACGUCUUCACAGCCACAGACUCCUCAGCACAGAGUGGGGACUGCCGAGUAUCGUACGAGCGAUCCUGGGAACCAACCAGACUCAGACCUACGUGAAGGAGCACUCCAUAGUCGACCCAGAGGAGAAAAAGAUGGAGCUGUGCUCAACCAAUAUUACUCUCACCAACCUCAUAUCAGUAGAUGAGAGGCUCGUUUACAGACCGCACCCAGAAAACCCCGAGGUGACUGUCCUGACGCAGGAAGCCAUUAUCACGGUGAAGGGCGUCAGUCUGAGCAGUUAUCUGGAGGGGAUGAUGGCCAGGAGCAUGUCUACUAACGCUCGGAAGGGCUGGGAUGCUAUAGAGUGGGUGAUUCAGAACUCUGAGAGAGACAACGUCCCCCUCUGUGACAUCUACUAA